CCUCCACGGUCAGGGAACGGCGGUGUAACCGGCUGUUUGAAAUAAGUUUGACAAUGGAAGGAGCUAGAAAUGCACGGAAACCUAGCAAUAUGAAGGAGUCUAGGCUGUCUCUGCUUACCAGAAUACGUGAAGCUAGGGCACAAGGGCAGCGCUUACGUAUUGAAAGGAAGGAAGAGCCAGUUUAUGAUACUGUUGACGAGGCAGAAUAUGCAGAAUUAGUGCGUCAACGCCUAGAGGAUGACUGGAUUAUUGAGAACGAAGGAUGUGAAUACGUAGAUGAUGGGAGGGAAAUAUUUGAUGAUAAUGAUGAAGACGAAGAACUGUGUGACUUAAAUCAGAAAACAAAAAACAAGGUGUCCAAGAAGAAACGACUUAAUCCUGAUAUCCGUGCAAGUGAAUCAGCACCACUGCGUCCUUCUGUAGGCCGUGAUAUUCGCAGUUUAUUUGCGGCUUCUGCUAGUUCAAAUCCUAGUAAGAAAAGAAAAGAAGCAAAUGAUCUUUCUGUGGACCCAAAUCUGGAUGAUCUACUGGCGGAAUUAGAAUCUUCUGUAGCGGAAGUAGAAACUCGUCGUCCUAAAAUUAGUGUGGACUCGAAAACAAUUCGAACGACUCCCAAACGACAACACAGUAGUAAUUAUCACGAUACGGAUAAACCGACUUAUUCACAACGCCGUUCACCUGAACGAUCAGAACGACGCCAUAAUUUUAGUGAAGAUCAUCCACAGAGAUCCUCAGUAUCUGAAAAUGAUUAUCCUCCCCAUAUUCAGCCUAGUCCACGACCACGCAAUCCGUUUUCAUGUCGAGGCCCCACAGAAACAGACCCAAGAGUAGAAGAGAAUAAAACGAAAAUGACUGAAGAUCCAAAAAUACAUGUUUCCCAGCCGAUAAAAGAUACAACACCAUCAUUUUCUGAAAUGGAUGUCGCCGAAUUUACGUUGGAUUUUGAGGCAGAAAUUACCGAACCAAAAGAGUUGACUCCCAAUACUUCUGAUACUAAACCAGCCUCUGAUGCAACUGUAAAACCAAUCACAGAUCUAACUGCUAGUUGGCUAGCAGCUGAAAACCUAGUUAACACUGAUGAUGCGACGUGGAUAAUCGAAACAGAUUCAGUUUCUUUCCCUUCGUCGUCAAACAAAGGAAAUGUACUCUACUUUUAUUGGUUUGAUGCUUAUGAAGAUUCCAAACAAUUGCCAGGUGUCGUUUACCUUUUUGGUAAACUUUAUGAUCACUCUAAAUUUGGAAAUUAUACAAGCUGUUGCCUACGCGUUAAGGACAUCGAACGACGAGUAUUUCUACUUCCCCGAAACACAUCAACUGAGGAUGGUAAUCCUGUUACAGUUAAAGAUGUCUAUGUGGAAUUUCGUGAUAUGACUUCACAAUAUAAAAUUGGAAAGUUUAGAUGUAAGGCCACUACAAAACGUUAUGCUUUCGAGUUUGCUAAUGUUCCUGAAGAAAGCGAAUAUCUUGAGAUCCGUUAUGCUGCAUCAUACCCAGCCUUGCCGGCUGAUCUUCAUGGUCGAACGUUUUCUCACGUUUUUGGUACGAACACUUCAUUUUUAGAAAAUCUAAUCCUCGAACUACAAUUACGUGGUCCUUGUUGGUUGGAAAUCAAAGACGCCUCUCAGAUUCAACCUCAAAUAAGUUGGUGUCAAGUUGAUUAUGAAGUGAGUUGGCGGUCGGGAAGUGGAUGUCCAAUGAUGAAACUAUCUACAGUCGUUGAAAACCAGAAAUCAUCUGCAGAGAAUUCAUCCGUAUUAACAAAAAUCCCUCCAGCUCCACCUCUGUGUCUUGCGGCUAUCAACAUGAAAUCUGUUACUCAAACACAUUCGAGUCAUUCUGAGAUUGUUUCUAUUGGCUUGUUGAUCGAUAAUGCGUAUCUUCUUGAUAGACCGAUUGAAAAGAGUCUAUUUCAAACACACUAUUUAGUUUUGGCACCACCAAAGGAUGCAGCUCUACCAUAUGAUCUCAGAACAAAAUUACCGACUUAUGGAGCUCAAUACAGUCCUCCUCCUUCUACUUGGUUGUCUUUAAAUACAGGCCCACCAUCUACACCGAAUAUUGCGGAAAAAAAUAAGAGUCGUUCAAGCGAAAAUUCAUCGGGGGCUGGUGGAAUCGACAUUGAACCCAACGAACGUGCAUUACUAGGUAGAUUCUUAACACGCCUGCAUAAACUUGAUCCUGAUUUAAUUGUUGGUCAUGAUUUAUGGGGACACCAAAUCGAAUUGUUAAUUCAGAGACUGAAUGCUAAUAAAGUGCGUCAUUGGCAUCGCAUUGGACGAUUACGGCGUUCAGCUAAUUUCUCCUUGAAUUCGAACAGUCGAUCAUGGCUUAUUCGACAUUCUAUGCCUGGGCGUCUUGUUUGUGAUACAAAAGUGUCUGCCCGUGAAUUGGUUCGAUCAAGAACAUAUAAUCUUUCUGAUCUAGCUAAUCAAGUUCUGGGUGAAGUAACUUCUAAAAAAGAUGAUAAAUCUUCAAAAGCAAAUUCACUACCAAAACGUCAAGUUCCUCCAGUUUUAGUGAGUCGGAUUAAUGGCAAUACUACAACUAUUCGUGAUAGUGAUAUUUCUGUCAUGGGAUUUGGCGCAGAAUUAGCAGACAUGGAAAUAGAUUCUGCUGACUUGAGAUGCCUGUUUUCUACAUCUGAUUUGGUUCGGCAGUUAAUUGACUUUUGUCUUUCAGAUGCACAUCUUGUCCUUCGGUUGUGUCAUCAACUACAGGUCUUGCCACUGGCAGUGCAGAUCACCUCUAUUUGUGGUAAUGUUCUUAGUCGCACUUUGUCAGGUGGUCGUGCUGAGCGCAAUGAAGCCUUACUUCUUCAUGCAUUUAAUCAACACGGGUACAUUGUUCCAGAUCCACCAGUGUCUCGACGUGGUACUCAGAACAACCCCAUGGAUGAAUGGGAUCAAAUCCAGGAACAAGGAGCAGAGGACGGGGGAACAGGACGUAGAAAACCUGCAUAUACUGGAGGAUUGGUGCUUGAGCCUAAAAAAGGUUUCUACGAUAAAUACAUACUGCUUCUGGAUUUCAAUUCUUUGUACCCGUCUAUUAUUCAAGAGUUUAAUAUUUGUUUCACCACUGUCGAUCGUGAACUUGUAGCAACUACAUCAUCUGAUAAGGAGUCUGUUGAUCUAGAUACGAUUGUGGCAACCUUACUGGCCAGUGUUCGUGGUGAUGCUAGCGCUGCAUCUGCUCUCAAGUCUAGUGAUAAGAAAGUUCGGCUUCCUACUGAUCAGGAACCUGGUUUACUACCUGCAGAAAUCAGGCGUCUAGUUGAAUCACGUAGAGAAGUCAAGAAGUUAUUGGCAAAUACUUCGUCAGGUGAUGCUUCGCAACGUGCUCAAUGGAAUACUAGACAGGCUGCCUUAAAGCUAACUGCGAAUAGUGUUUAUGGUUGUCUGGGUUUUGCUGCCUCACGGUUCUGUGCUCGAGGUUUAGCUGCUCUCGUUACUGGUUUAGGGCGUGCUGUGCUGAUGAGUACUAGAGACCUCGUGGAAAAUAUGAAUUUAGAAGUGAUUUACGGUGACACUGACUCUAUUAUGGUGAAUACUAAUACAACGGAUUUAUUAGCUGCAUUAUCUAUCGGGGAGAAAGUGCGUCAAGAAGUAAAUAAGCACUAUCGUUUGUUAGAGUUGGACACAGAUGGCGUAUACGCUGCUAUGCUACUUCUGGCUAAAAAGAAAUACGCGGCUUUGGCGAUAAACAAUCCUAUUCAGUGGGCUGCAGCAGCGAAACUAGCGAUUAGUCAAGGAUUACCACCACAGGUUGUUUCUACGAAACAAGAAAUGAAAGGUUUGGAUAUCGUUCGACGGGAUUGGUCAGCACUUGCUGUGGCUGUCGGGCGUCGGUGUGUUGCUGCUUUACUUUCUGGCGAACCCAAAGAUGUCAUAUUAGAUCGUAUACAUGCUGACUUGACAGAAACAGCCGAAAAAGUUCGCGAAGGAAAGUUACCUAUUUCAGAUUUUAUCAUCACUAAAAUGUUAACUAAGAAUCCAGAAGAUUAUGCUGAUUCUAAAAGUCAACCUCAUGUGCAAGUAGCUUUACGUCUCAAUGGUUCUAACGCAAAUGAUAAAAAAUCUGCUACACGUCGAAUUCGUGCAGGUGAUACAGUUGAAUACAUUAUUUGUGAGGAUGGUUCUGGUCAUUUGGCCACACAGCGUGGUUAUAGUCCAGCUGAGGUUUCUAACCGUGCCGCUAAAGUAUCCAAUGAUGCGGAAUCAUCUGCACAGGGGCCCCUCUCAAUUGAUGUGAAUUACUAUUUAGCCCACCAAAUACAUCCUGUUGUUAGUCGCUUGGUUGCACCUAUUGAGGGCACUUCUCCAGCUCGCAUUGCUGACUGCCUUGGAUUGGAUCCAUCGGGUUAUCGACGAUCUAACGUGACUGCUAUUGGGGACGAAGACGAUGAAAAUAACCCAGACGGUGGGCUCGCUAACUUCACUUCGUCUAUUACAGCGGGAGAUAUUGAUCCCGUUUACGUUACAUGCCCACGAAAUUGUGGUGGUCCUCCAAUUUCCAUCACAAAUUCUGCUUUCAGUGUUGUUGGUAAAUCUUGGUUUGUAAUGGUAUUUACAACCCGUUCCUUAGUCGUCACAUGUUCAGUAUAUUUCUCUAUAUAUAAGUAUUUACCAAAAGAAGAUUAGGGAGCAAUUAAUUAAUUAAAUCGUUAGUGGAAAAAGUUUGUUGCUUAUUUUUACUAAGUUUUUUGUACGCUCUUUCUAUCGAUAUUUACAUUUAUUCAUCUUGUUUGUUUGUUCUGAGUUGUUUUCGCGAUCAAGAUUGUUUCUGAAACAUCUUUUUUUUCUAGAUAACUUAUUGUCUACUUGGAUUUAAUAACUGUUUAUGUUUUUUGUCUAUUGCAGUGUCCUACUUGUUCACACAAUUUAUUAUUAUCUGAAGAUUCCACUCGCCUUGUUACUAACCGCUUGAUUUUUGAAGCUCGUCGCCUUAUUGUUCGACAUGAAUUAGGCUGGAUGACUUGUGAAGACCCUGCUUGUGGUGCAAUUACACGUUCUUUCCCUUGUCCACCCAGUUCUGGUCAUCAUGCUAUUAGUGAGUCUGAUAGUCUUUGGGCACGUGGUGGACGCCCUCUUUGUGCUGCCUGUGGAGGUCAAGCGGUGCUCAAGUCCAAUUUUUCCGAAUCAAAACUGUAUAGGCAGUUAUGUUUUUUCAGAUAUCUUGUGAGUCCACCAAACACUAAGAAUCCUUGGACCACUACUGAUUUAGAUGUUACCCUUCCACCGAUGGUUUCCAGUAUUCUACAACAAUGUCGAAUACAUUUUGAUCAUCUUCUGCUUUAUUCCGCAUUUGCAAUGGUGGAUCUGAGUAAAUUGUUCUCUGGGUUACGCCCUGUGCACAAAGGUCCUGAAUUUCGUUAAAACAAACACAGUCUUCUUAUAAUCUCUAUUUAGAUAUUAUAUAUGUGUUCAUUUCCUCAAUGUAAAACUUAUUUUUGUACUGAAAAUUGCGCCUACAUACUACUUCAAGGGUAAUUCUAUAAGAAAAAUAAAAUUUUCAUAUCUUGCUUCUAUCGAAUUGGAUAGGUUUAUUGGAUAACGUUUGCAUAAUGAACAUACAACUGAAGCAUGUUGUUUCCAAUGUUUUUUUGUUAGAUGUUGAAUAUAUUUUGUCCAGAAAGCUAUGCAAGUAAAUUCUAGGUUUCUUGUGACUCACUAGGUAUUAAAGUAUGCGUUUAACUUCCAGAGAAAGAGAUGUGCGCGUCUCUUAGCAUCUUGAACCGUACGAUAUACAGUUGUUAUACACUCAAAACAAUCAAAAAUAUAUGGUGGUAUAUUAUAA